AUGGUCAACGGUAUAGGAUGCAGAAGGCAACGGGAAACCACUGCAGUAAAGAUCUUCAUGGAUAUCCUUAGUAAGCAUCCAGCAAUGUCAGUCAAUACUAAAUACAAUUCCGGAGUAAUUCCCCCAAUCCCCAAGAAAGUGUUGAAAGCAAUGCUAAACAAAGGCACAGGAAGUGUAAAACCAAAGAAACAUAACAUGAGCUUGGGAGUCGCUACCUGGAAUGCUGCGGAUAGAUAUUCUGGCGAUAGCGAGAUGCGAUGGAAAGGAUGCGGGAUGUGUACCGUAGACGAUUACCAAGUGUUAUACGUGGGGAAUAAAGGAGCAGCCCACGAUAAUCGGGUGGCCGUUAUCCUAUCUAAAUCACUAGCAAAAUCGAUAGUAGCAACUAAAAGUAGUGAAGACGAAAACGAGGCAUUGUCUCUCGUAAAAAAGGCAGACAACACUAUAGUUAUGGGCGACUUUAACGCAAACGUGGGAAAAGAGCAAUGCCAGAACAUAGUGGGUGGCUUUGGAAUGGGUCGUAAAAAUGACCGGGGUGACCGCCUUAUUCAAUUCUGCCAGGAUAACGACCUUUUUAUAACAAACACCUUUUUCAAACUUCACCAAAGAAGGCUGUACACCUGGACGUCGAAUGCGGAGACGGAGGAUAUGAAUGGCGGCAAUCAGAUCGACUUUAUCUUGGUAAAACAACGUUUUAGAAGUAGCAUAAAGUCCGCCAAAACAUACCCAGGAGCGGCCAUUGGAUCUGCUCACAAUCCGUUAGUAGCGAGAACACACAUCAGGUUAAAGCAAAUUCUCAAAAAACAAAGCCAAAACAGCAUAGACCGCACACUACUAAGGAAGGAGCCCAUCAGAAGUAUAGUCCGAGAACAACUUCACAAAUACCUUGAAACCCACAACGAGAACGCGACAGACUCUGACACCCAGUGGAACAAGAUUAGAACAGAUAUAAGCAACCUUUGUCAAAAACACCUCAAAAGUAAAACUCAAAAUAAGAAAAGACCCUGGAUGACAGACGAAAUAUUGGAUUUAGUUGGAUUUAGUGGAGGAACACAGAUAAUCCUGGAAGUAAAAGCAUCUUAUCUGGCUAGCCAGUGCAAAGAGAUAGGAGACCUAGAAGCGACAUAUGACUCCUUUAAUAUGUAUAAAAAGAUCAUGGAAGCAACUGACCAUUCACGAUCAAACAGAGCAUCGGGAGUACUGUGCGAUAAAAGUGGUAAGAUAGUACAAAGAUUGCAACAAAAACUAAUUGAACGGACAAAUUAUAUAACGGAACUAUUUGACGACAGAAUAGCAACACCGGCUUUACAGGAUACAGAAGGACCACAAAUUUACAUGCAAAGAUGUUGA